UUCAUCGCAGAAGUUGGCUGCCACGUAGUUGAUAUCCCUGCCAUGUAGCUAUUUUAGUUACAGUAUUUCAUGGAAGGGUUUGAAUUAGCUUUUUACUGAAUUCUGUCAGCAAGUGCCGGUUCACAAAAUGCUCCUUUUCUCCAUUUGUUCGCUAUUGCCCUCACUGUUUGUGUCCGUCACUGGGGGGAAACUGCCCGAGCCAGAGGUGAAAAUUGAAGUUUUACAUAAACCCUUCAUGUGCUACCGCAAGUCAAAAUAUGGAGACAUGCUACUUGUUCACUACGAAGGAUUCUUGGAAAGCAAUGGCACCAUGUUUCACUCCAGCCGCAAAGAUGGGGAUAAAAAUCCAGUAUGGUUCACUCUUGGGAUCCGAGAGGCGCUCAGAGGUUGGGAUAAGGGUCUACAGGACAUGUGCAAAGGAGAGCGCAGGAAACUGACUGUUCCUUCAUCUCUGGGAUAUGGCAAGGAAGGAAAAGGAAAGAUCCCUCCAAGCAGUACCCUCAUUUUUGACAUUGAGCUCAUGGAUAUCCAAAAUGGUCCCAGGUCUCACGAGUCGUUCCGGGAGAUGGAUCUUAACGAUGACUGGAAGCUCUCAAGGGAGGAGGUGAAAGAGUACCUGAAGAAAGAAUUUCAGAAACACGGAUACUCGCCUAAUGACACCCAUCAUGAAGUGAUGGUGGAGGACAUCUUCAAAAAUGAGGAUGAAGAUGAAGAUGGUUUUAUAACUGUGAGGGAAUUUGUCUACCAACACGAUGAGCUCUAAAAGACUGGUUUUCAUCUACUUUUCGAAACUACAAUCUGCUAUUUGUUUCAUCAAUUUCCUCCAAAAUAGUGCCAUGAAUUGAGGAAUUGUGAAUUAGUUUCUGGGCGGUUCAUGGACCUUUUGUUAUUUACACUACAUUCAAACAGUGCUGUCUAACUUUUGGUUUACAUCUGCUCCAUUUUGUGCCAUUUUAUUUAGGAACUAGGUCCAUAAUUUAUUUAUAUUUCCAUCCUUCAUGCACUGAUGUCAAAGCAGAUGUCUGUAGGAUACAGUAUUAUACACUAAAAAAAAUGAUUUCAUGAAAUAAAUGUUUUCUAAAUAAACAGAA